UUGUCACCACCCGAAACGAAUCCCGCUGGGGCCAGGGCCAAACGCCAAGCCUACCAGGUCUAUGUUGAUGGCGAUUCUUCUGUGAGUCUCGACAAGACAGGGCAAAGCGAGUCUGGCCCUUGGGGACCGUGGGUUCCAGAACAAUGCUCGCGAACGUGUGGGGGAGGUGUUCAAACAGAGAAACGGCAGUGCCCUGGCGAUUGUACGGGCCCAUCAGUUCGAUACGUUUCAUGCAACUUGGAACCGUGUCCAGAGGGCACUGAUUUUCGUGCCGAACAAUGUGCAGCUCACAAUGACGAUCCAAUCGACGGCCAAUAUCAUAAAUGGAUACCAUAUAAAGGCAAAAACAAAUGCGAACUCCUGUGCAAACCCGAAAAUGGUAAUUUCUAUUACAAAUGGGACGACACCGUCGUUGACGGAACCAAGUGCGAUUCCAAGGGCGACGAUAUCUGCGUUGACGGCGUCUGCUUGCCACUUGGGUGUGACGGGAAACUCGGAUCAGCCUUGAAAUUGGAUAAAUGUGGAGUGUGUGAUGGCGACGGGUCACAAUGUAAAACGAUCGAAGGCUCCUUCGACGAAAGAAACCUCUCGCCAGGUUAUCACGAUGUAAUGCGAAUUCCAGCAGGAGCCACAGCCAUUAGAAUAGAGGAGGCCCGCCCAAGCUCGAACAACUUAGCCAUGAAAAACUCGUCAGACUACUAUUUCUUGAACGGGAAUUCUAUGAUACAAGUGGAGAAGGAUGUCGAGUUGAAUGGCGUCCAUUUCGAGUAUGAUGACGGAAAGCCGGAGAGAAUCACUGCGAAAGGACCACUAGAGGAGGAAGUCGUUGUAUCCGUGCUGAUUCGCAAGGGAAACAGAGACGUUUCAAUCAAGUACGAGUUUUCCGUUCCAAUAUUCGAUGAAGUUGACUAUAUGUACAAGCCGGGAGAGUGGUCAGCAUGUUCAGUCACUUGUGGGAAAGGUCAGCAGACAAGGACUCCAUAUUGCAUAGAGACGAAGACACAAGCUCGUGUUGACGACCAACUUUGUGAUGAUGCCAAUUCAACGAAGCCAGAGUUCGAGAAACCAUGCGAAACCGUCGAUUGUCAGGCGGAAUGGUUCAAAGGCGAGUGGGAACCCUGCUCGCAAACUUGCGGUGAACAAGGCGAACAGUAUCGCGUGGUGUACUGCCACCAGGUCUUCGCGAAUGGUCGACGCAUCACCGUCGACGAUGGCAACUGUACUUCUGAGCGUCCAGCGGUGCGACAGGUGUGCAACAGAUUCGCAUGUCCUGAGUGGCAAGCAGGACCAUGGUCGGCUUGUUCAGAAAAAUGCGGAGAUGCAUUUCAGUAUCGUUCGGUCACUUGUAGGUCCGAAAAAGAAGGUGAAGAGGGAAAACUGCUUCCAGCUGAAGCGUGCAGCUCCGAAAACACUCUAGAGUCUCAACGAAGUUGCAAUCUAGGACCUUGUACCGGUCUCAAAUUCUUCACAUCGGAGUGGAAACUGUGCUCAAAAUGCAAUGACACCGAAGAGACUCGUGAGGUGACCUGCAAAGACUCUCAAGGACGUGCAUACCCUCUGGAGAAAUGUUUGACGGACGAUGAAAAAGAGAUACCAGUGGACACCAGAGCAUGCGCCACACAACAGCCAUGCAAUUAUGAGUGGACUGCAAGUCAGUGGUCAAAGUGCUCCACCGAAUGCGGUCAUGGACAUAAAACGAGACGCGUUAUCUGUGCUAUUCACGAAGAAGGCGAUGUGACGGUGGUCGACGAAGCUUUGUGUCAAGGAGAAAAGCCCGAAGUGAAAAUGAACUGCACCAAUGAGGAGAAAUGUACCGGCACAUGGUACAGUGGUCCUUGGUCACCGUGCAGUGUUGAAUGCGGGGGAGGAAAACAAGAACGUGUGGCGGUCUGCCUUAACUAUGACAAGAAACCGGUCCCAGAGUGGUGCGACGAAUCCGAGAUGCCUAACCUUAUUCAGGACUGCAACACCGAUGAGUGUCCAUCUUGCUUCGACUCUGAAUUCGGAUGUUGCCCUGAUAACACAACAUUCGCAACUGGAGAUUUCAAUCAGGGCUGCUCAAACUGCAGUCUCAGUGAGUUUGGCUGCUGUGCCGAUAACUAUACGGAGGCUACGGGUAAAGGUGGAAGGGGAUGCGAAGAGUUUGUUGAGCAACCUUUGAAUCUUGAGGAAGCCAGUGAAGGAUCAGGGGAAGAGGUAACAAGUGAAAAUGGAGAUGUGGCAGCGGUGGACUGUUCUGCAGCAAAUGCUACAACAACAGACCUCGAAGGUCUCUUUGGAAAUGGAACCGACACGAAUGCCACUAUGCAUUGCUCAAAAUCCGAAUUCGGUUGUUGCCCAGAUUGGUUCACUCCUGCCGAAGGACCGAAUAACGCUGGAUGUCCAGUUUUUGUGCUCGGAGCGUGUAAUGAGACCGAGUAUGGAUGCUGUCAUGAUGACGUUACCUUGGCGCGUGGACCAAAUCUCGAAGGAUGUGGGGAGCCAACGUGUGCCGGUUCCCUCUACGGAUGUUGCAAGGAUCGUAAAACCAUUGCGUUCGGACCGCAUUACGCAGGUUGUGAAAGGUCGUCAUUCCCUUGCGAACUGUCUGAAUUUGGAUGCUGUGCAGAUGGGGAAACGGCAGCGCUCGGCGCAAAUGGCACUGGAUGCGGAGAGAAUUGUCUAACGACAAAGUAUGGCUGUUGUCCAGAUGGUAAAGGUGCGGCAAAAGGACAUCAUAAUGAAGGAUGUGGAUGUGUCUACGCCCAGUAUGGUUGCUGUCCAGAUGGGAAAACUUCUGCGAAAGGAGCUGGUUUCUAUGGAUGCCCUGAUAGCUGUGCCCAAAGUCAGUUUGGAUGUUGCCCUGAUGGCAAGACGCCGGCGCGAGGAUCUCACAAGGAAGGGUGCCCGUGUCAGUAUACUCGCUAUGGGUGCUGUCCAGACGGAGAAACAACAGCUCUCGGACCAAGAAACGACGGUUGUGAUGACUGUAGAUAUGCUAAAUAUGGCUGUUGCCCGGAUGGCGAAAGCAAGGCAAUAGGCCCCGACUACGCUGGUUGUCCGUCAACUACGCUGGCUCCCUUCUUACUUGGUGGUACAGUUGCGCCUUCAAAAAUAUCAUCAUGUGCGCUGCCACAGGACCAGGGAACUGUUUGCUCAUCUGGGUACAAACUGGUGUGGUAUUAUGAUACUGCAGAGGGGCGCUGCUCACAGUUUUGGUAUGGGGGAUGCGAUGGCAAUGAUAACCGUUUUGCCACGAAAGAACAGUGUGAAACUAUCUGUGUAGAACCACCCGGAAUCGGAAGAUGCUACCUUCCCAAAGUAGAAGGACCCUUAAGAUGUGAUCAGCCUCAGGCGAAGUACUGGUACGACUACAACACGAAGCAGUGUGCUGCUUUCUGGUGGCGUGGCUGUCACGGAAAUGCCAACAACUUUGCCUCUUGGGAGGAAUGCAGUACUUUCUGUAAAGAUGUCGGACCUUUCGCAACACCAACAACAGCAGUUCCAGCUCCACAACCCCCUCAAAUUCCGCACAUGCCACAGAUUGAAUCCAUGGAAGUGUGUCGAUCCACCCAAGACUCCGGUCCUUGCCAAGAUUACUCAGAUCAGUUCUACUAUGACGCCUACAAAGGAACCUGUCAAACGUUCAUAUAUGGUGGCUGUGGAGGAAACUUGAAUCGCUUCCGUACCGAAGAAGAAUGUAUGCAACGGUGUGGUUUCUUAAACCCCACAGCUAGACAAGCUCAAUCACAACAACAGGAAUAUGAACAACCUCGUCAACCAUCGUAUCCUGACCAACACCAACAAGGUCCGGUCCUAUCACGACUCAAAUCAGUAAUAUUUCCAGCAAAAUCACGACAGUCUUGUCAUUUGCCGCUCGACGUUGGCAAAUGUCAGGGCUCUUUUGACAGCUGGUAUUAUGAGAUGGCUACUGGCUCAUGUGUUGAAUUCAAGUAUUCCGGAUGUUCUGGUAACGCUAAUCGAUUCGCCUCCAGAGAAGAGUGUGAAAACACUUGCGUUCGACAAUCUGAGCCACACUCGGGUACUUCGCAUACCACCUCUCAUGGGACUUCAGUCUGUGACGAGGCCAAAGAGACCGGACCCUGUACAAACUUCGCGACUAAGUGGUACUACAAUAAGGCCGAUGGCACAUGUAAUCGAUUCCACUAUGGUGGUUGUGAAGGGACGAGGAAUCGGUUCGAUAACGAGCAAAGCUGCAAGGCGGCUUGUGCUAAUCAUCAAGAUGCCUGCACACUUCCCAAAGUGCAAGGUCCAUGCUCGGGAAAGCACGAGUACUACUACUUCAACACGGUCUCGAUGUCAUGUGAGAAGUUCACUUACGGCGGCUGUCUAGGUAACACCAAUCGCUUCUCAACGUUGGACGAGUGCCAAUCACGUUGCCAGCGUAAGUAG